AUGAGUGUUCUUGGCGAACACCCAGAAGUAAUCAUCAACAAGAAAGAUCUACAGGUAUGGAACAAUGCAGUGUUCGACAAUGGCGCUGAUUCCGAGAGCUUGAAUUCGAACAAUCUCAUCAAAUCGCCAUCGUGGUUUGUGAAGAAACCAGUAACCGUAAACCGAUCUUCCGAUUCUUGCGACUCUAUCCAUUCUUCGUUUUCCAGUAAAGAAAACCAAAUCCCAAUUAGCUCCUCGAAACCCUCUGGUUUCGUUCAUCACCCCCUUCACAAGUCGAAGCCCUUGAAGAAUCUUCCAUUUGGGUUAUCAAAAUCAGGUGUUCUUGAGAAUUUGGAGGAGAAAACCAAUGAGGAGAUUGAAAUCGAGAAUGAAAUCAGUAGGUUGUAUGCAAGAUUGGAGGCAAUUAGACUCGAAAAACAGGGGAAACCAGUCGCUGCUAAGGUUGUGGAGCCUCUCAAGAACAAGGAUUCCGGAGUUAAAAAGAUCGAAGAAUCGGGUUUUCCUAAAACCAAGAUUAAACGAAGAGGUUUUAGUUUGGGACCUAACGAGAUCAUGUAUACAACAAAUCCAAAAUCAAAACAAUCAGGUACCACUCCAAUUCAAUCCACACAGAACAGAAGGCAAUCUUGUUUUUGGAAACUAGAUGACAUUGAAGAAGAAAGAAUUGGGUUCUCGAGAGGCAAACCCCGGCAAGCAAUCACAACCGUCGGAUCGAAAAGGCCGACAAAAAAAGACGAUCUGAUUCUCGGAAGUAUUCACCCCAAGAAACUAUUUGGAGAACAAUCGGUUCCUGCUAAGAAGCCAUUGAAGCCCGGUAGGGUGAUCCCGAGUCGCUACAACCAAGCCACCGUCACUUCAUCAAUGAGGAAAAGAUCGGCAAUCGAUAACAUCAUCGGAGGAAAAUCUCGUGGGACCGAGGGUCGGCUGAAGAAGAAAUGGGAGAUUCCUAGUGAGAUUGUGAUCCCAAAAAAGUUGGAUCUUGAAGACGAUUAUAGCGAGAAUGGCUCCGGGGAUUUUGCUGGUUCUAUCGAUGUUGUGGCGCCAUUGAUGAUGCAAGAGGUGGUGCCGGAGGCAUUGCCGAGGAUUAGGGCUGUCCGGUGUGGUGAUGAGCCGGGUCGGGAUUCGGGUCCGGCGAAGAGGGUGGCUGAGUUGGUUGGGAAGAAGUCUUACUUUGGGGGUUGUGUCGAUGAGGAAAGAGUUUGUCAAAUAUUGAGUUUUGAAGAAGAUUGA